AUGGCCGUCGAGGUUGUCACAAUUGUCAACUCGUCGGGCAAGAUAAUCAGCAAUGGCAAACACCUGAUCAACAUACUUAAGGAGGCCAAGGCUUCUUACCAGGAGAAGAAGGCAGCUAUCAAAGCCGAACGAGCUGUCAAACGCAGUCAGACAUACGAUAUAUCCACCGUCCCACGCUAUGUCGACGAUGUCGUCGAAUAUGGGUCUUGCGCCUGGGAACGCCGGGCAUCGCAGGACGAGCUUGUCUCACGCUUCUCGUCCGGCACAAGCCACCGCUCCAAAUCGCACCGAAGCUCUCGGCAUCGGUCGGCCUCGCGGACUCGAGGAACCCUGACCGAGCGCAACCUCAAGACCCUUUCCGAGGUCUCUUCCACCGCCCCCUCGCGCGCCCCCGUCGCUUACCGCUCUCCGUAUGCCGAGACUGCUCCCAGAGACAUGGCAUUGAGCCGCCCGACACUUGGCUAUGCACCAACCAUGCCUAUGGCCUUCGACGACACGCCCAUGUCGACCCCCCGAUACAGUACACAUGUACACCGGUCGAGUUCAGAUCCAUCAUUGCAGGAAAAGGGCAAGGAGAUUGAUAUGGAUCUUGCAUAUGGAAACAUACCGCCAGACUUGAAAGAGCGGGUGGAUCUGGACCCUGCCUACAAGGCGGCCCAAAAAGAGCGCAGGGCGCACGACUUGAUGGGCAAGAUCGAAGGACUCCUGACAGAAGCCCACUGUCUGCACCAUACGGCGACUCACAUCAUCCAGCACCUGCAAAGCAACCCCGAAGCCGCCGCCGCCGUGGCUCUCACGCUUGCUGAGCUGUCAGCACUCCUCGGUAAGAUGUCUCCAUCCUUCCUCGGCAUCAUCAAAGGGGGGAGUCCUGCGGUAUUCGCCUUGCUCGCGAGCCCCCAGUUCCUGAUCGCGGCCGGCUUGACUGUUGGAGUGACAGUUGUCAUGUUUGGAGGAUGGAAGAUCAUCAAGCGUAUUCAGGAAGCAAAGGGCGCCGAGGCGGCCGCCAUCCUUCCGAUGGCCUUCCAAGCAUACCCUGGCCAGCCUAGCCAACCACCGUAUCCCGAAUCCGGGUUCAGCGCCGGUUUUGAUGAGGCGCUCGUAGUCGAGGAGGAACUCAGCACGAUCGAGUCCUGGCGCCGUGGCAUCGCGCCGUUCGGUGAAGACGGAAGCGCCGAUCUCGAGCUGAUCAGCCCCGAAGCUGAUCGCGCUAUGCGGAGCCAGUACGGCGCUGAUGAUGCGCGCACCGAGCGAAGUGUUCGCACGAGCCGGACACACAAGACCGCAAAGUCUUCCAAGACGACCAAAUCCCACAAGUCUCAGAAGAGCCGGAGGGCCGACGCGAUCGACGACGACGAUAUUCCCGAGCGGAAGAGCAGCAAGGGCCUUGAACAAGUCGAUAACGCGAGCGAAUCAGGAAGUCACCGGAGCCAUCGUAGUCAUCGGAGCGAAAAGACAGAACGUACCUCCAAGUCGAAGCGCACAGACAAGACCGAGCGCAAGGCGAUCGAGGAUGGUCGCAAGGAUAAAGACAACUCGUUGGAGAUGGUGAUCAGGCCGAAGAAGGACACCAUGCUCAAGUCCUUGUUUAAGAAAAAGAAGGACCAGGAUGAAAGGGGGCGGAGCGCACCACUGCUUCGAGUGAGUUAG